AUUUUUAAACCAAACAAUGAAAUUGCUGGUCUGAAAACUUGCACAACUUUACAAUUACAAUGACAUCUCAGUCAAUGGAGAUCACACGCCAGCAAAGGGACGCAGAUAUCUCAGCAGAAGAGAGAGCUGAAGAAAUUGAUAUUGGGAUUGUGGGUGGAGGGCUUGCAGGCCUUGCUCUUGCACUGGCCCUGCAAGAGCGAAAUAUCCCAUGUCAAGUGUUCGAAUCUCAUCCACCAUCAAUGAGUGCAGACACAUCCUCCAUUGUUGGCGUUGGCCUCAAUGGCAUUACUGCUCUUGAAGGAAUUAAGCUUGGUCUCACUACAGCUUUACCCCAGGCUGGGGGUUAUUGCACUAAAAUCAAACGGGUUACUUUAAUAGACACUCAAGUAUCUGACUGCAGCGUACAAGAAUUUGUUCCAGGGGAGCUAAUAAUCCUCACAUGGAAGUCACUUCACAGAGUUUUGGACAGUUUUGUUGAUAGAUCUAGAAUUUCCUUCUCUCACAGGCUGCUAGCCUAUAAGGCUUGCAAGCAGGGUGGCGUUGAGGCCUAUUUUAAGUGCCCCAAAGAGGGUACAGAGGAUCAUAGGAUCAAGGUGGUUCCCUGCAAACUUUUGAUUGGAGCGGAUGGGAUAUGGUCUACUGUUCGCAAACAGAUGGUUGGGGAUGCUCCAAGAUACCUGAAAAUGCGAACAUGGAGUACGUUAGUCCAUGAUCCACAUCUCAAGCUGUUUGAUGGGCUUGGAAAAGGAGAAUUCAUUAUGCAAACAGAAAAAAGGACUGUUACUACCUUCGCCACAUCUAAUGCAGGAGACUAUACCCUCUGGUCACUCCGAAAGAUGGACCAAACAGGGGAUAUGGCAAAUUCGGUCUUAGUAGAACGAACAACUCGUGGAAGGCCUGGUUGUAAACAGCGUGCUUUACAACAACUUGAUGGAAUUGAGCUAUGGGAUGAUCUACGAAAUGUUAUUGAGGCAACUGGUGAAGAGAUCAUAACAGAAAGGAAGAUAAUGGAUCGAUUGCCACUCAAUAAAUGGAGUGAUGCAGAUAGACAUGUCCUAUUGAUUGGUGAUGCUGCACAUGCACAAUUCGUUGGGCCUGGGCAAGGAGCAAUGUCUGCAUUUGAAGAUGUACAUCAACUCUCUCUUCUUCUUGAAGUGGCAAGUGGGUCAUCAUUUUCAGAGGAAAGCAUUCAAGAUGCUGUUAAAAGGUUCGAGAAGUUGAGAAUUCCGCGCACAAAAAAGAUGCAAGAGUAUGCAUCCUAUUCCACCAUGAUUCCAGAAUUCCAACCGGAGUGGUCUCAACAUUUAACUGCAGAAGAUAGAUUGAAAGUGAACGAGGAGUACAGGAAAUGGAUUCAGGCGUAUCCCAACAAACAGCAGGGUGAUCCUGAUUCGAUCUACUUCCAGUAAACAAUUACAAUCAUAGACUUAUGGUUAUAAUCACACCUGCAGGAUGUUAUCUCAGUCAGCUACAACCGAUUUGCAAUUGGCUUCUUUUAUUUUGAGAUAAUAUUUUAUCUAAAUAAAGAUUUACAUACUAAAACUUUUUCAAAUUAAUUGGAAGAGAAAAAUAAAGGACAAUGAAUUCUUUGAAUAUGUAGGACAAAGAGGAAGAAGGAAGUAGAAGUAAACCAUUAACUAACCCUCCAAGAAGUGUGACAUGUGUGGAACACUUCGGAGGACAUACAUAAAGCGCCUAUGAGGCAAGACAACAAAAUAAAAAACUUCUGAAUGAGUUUAAGCUAGUGUGAAUAGGUCUUUUAUUUGCUAGGUAAUAAACAAAAUAUCACUUUUCACACUAACCCCUCUAGAGUGAUACUUAGAGAGAAAAAAAAUCAUGGAGACGUGUCUCAAAAACUAGGUUUGAUGAGGUAUUCGUGUAUAAAUAAUUUUUUUCUCACAAAUGGAGUAACGGAGAAAACCCUAUAAUAAAAGCUCCUCUCCAAAUAAGAGACCUAAUACAAAUGAAUGAGGACUCAAGGUCCCAAGAACAACUUCUUCCACCUCCCAAGCAUAUGUUGUAGCUCAAGAUAGUGAGACAAUGCUAAAGGUUUAGAAAAGAUAUCAACAACCUACUCCUAAGUAGAAAAAUAUAAGGAUAGAACACCAUUAUGGAUAAGUUGUUGAAUGAAAUACACAUGUUUUGAUGUGCUUCAUCCUCUAAUGCUCAAUUAGGCUGUGAAAUAUGAAUAGCUCUUGGUUGUCACACCAAAGAAUAGUAGGAUGAUCAAAUGGUAGAACAAACUUUGUCAUAAGUUGUUAAAGCCAUAGAACCUUCCAGGUAGCAAGUACAACACCUCGAUGCUUAGCCUCAAUGGAUCAUAAUGUAAUAGCAAUUUGCUUCUUGCAAGACCAUGCAAAUAGACCAAUUGCAAGGAAAAAAACAAACUCAAAAGUGGACUUUUGUGAGCCAAUAUCAUCAUCCUUAUCGAAGUCAAUGAAGCCUACAAUCUAUGAAGCUCUUGGUGUGUAUUGAAUGCCAAAAUGUGUGGUACCCCAAAAAUACCUCAAAAUAUGCUUGGCUUCCUUAAUGACUCAUAAAUAUCAUGGAAAAAAUGAAACAAUCGCAACAAUGAAGGUGAUAUUAGGAUGAGUGUGUGUCAAAUACAAAAGACUUCGAAAGUUAUUUGUACAAAGUAGCAUCAACAUACAACAUGGUGCAAGUAGUGGUUAAAGUGACACUAGAUUAAAAUAGUGUGGGAGUAGGAUUACAAUCAACCAUGCUAAAAUGACGAAGUAAGUCUUAACAACAUACCCUAAGUAGAUUGUAGAACUUGAAUGCCAAGGAAACAAUGCAAAAUCCUAAGGUCAAUCACAUCAGAUUGCUUCAUCAAAGUGUACUAAAUAUCUUAAAGUGGGGAAGAGGAGCUAUUUGUGAGAAUCAAAUCAUCUACAUACAAGACUAGUCUCUCAUCUCGAUGUCCCUAAAUGUACAUAUUAUCAUAUAAGUCACAAUGAGUGAAACUAGAUACAAGAAAGAAACCAUCAAUCUUCUCAUAGCAAGUUUGAGGGACUUGUUUGAGACCAUAUAAUGAAUGUCAAAACUUGGAAAUAAGUAAAGAGUCUUGCAUGAAUCUUAGAGUUUUCUCAAUGUAUAUCUCCUCAUAAAAUCACCAUGCAAGAAAAAACCCUUCACUAUAUUGAAAAAAUGGCCAUCUCUAAAAUGCAACAAUAGAAAGCAUAAGCUGAACAUAAUCCUUCUUGGCUAUAAGGACAAAUAUCUUGGAGUAGUCAAUGUAAGAGUAAAAGGUUUUAUUUACUUAAUGAAUUUAAUCAUAUUGAUUAAUUAAUUAAGUCACCUUUUCUUUUUCCACUUAAGCUAAAUUUAGGAAGGUUUUUUAGGCAUUUAAUAAUCAUUUAAUAUGCAUGCAUCCCUUAGGAAUAUUAAUAAUUAAUUAAUUAUUAAUUAUUAAUUGCUUUUUAGGGUUUCUAUCUUUAGAAUUAGAUUUCUUUAUAAGGAUGACAUGUCCUUCAUUGUAAAUCAGACAAUUUCAAAGCAAUACAUUCAAUUAUUGUUAAUUGUCUUCAAUUCUCUUUCUUGUUCAAUUUUCUUUUAUUGUGUGACAGGUAUUCUUGUAGAAGAUAACUGGGCUUGUGGGAUUCACAUUUCACAAAUUCUAACAUGGUAUCAGAGCUUCAGACCUAAGGCUUUCCAGUGCGUUUAAUUGAGAGAUUCUACUUAUAGAAGGUCUUCUGUGUAAUUUGGGUUGAUUUAGACCUCACCAUUGAAUCUGACAUGUGUAAAAUAGUCAAGAUUGACCUUUUGUUUGUCAAUUUUUGAUUCACGAAGCCAGAUCUAUGAGGGUUUAAAAAUUCAGUUUUUUUUGUUAUCUAGAGGCACCUAUUUUUUGGAGCAAUUUGGGCCCAAAAGGACCUCAUAGUUGGAUUCAAAAAGUUUAUUCCAUGAAUUUUGAUAUAUAAUUUGCCUAUUUUCGGUGA